AUGAUUCCCCAAUCACUACUCAGCCUGUUGGCCCUCCCACUCCUCGCCUCCGCACAUUUCCACAUGCUAUACCCCAGCCCACGCAGCGACGACGACGACACCGAGCCCACAUUCCCAUGCGGCGGCUUUCCCGUGUCUGACAACCGCACGACCGUUUCCUCGACCGCCUUCCCUUUGGCAUUGGAGAUGGGCCACGACCGCACCGUCAUCCAGGUGCUCCUCGGCAUUGGCAAUGACGUCGGCGACAGCUUCAACAUCACCCUCGAGCAGACCUUCCAGCAGCAGGGCGAAGGCGCGUUCUGUCUGCCGACUGUCACCAUCCCGAAAGACUUGAAUCUCACGGAUGGCACGAACGCCACGCUACAAGUCAUCACGGAUGGUGAAGGAGGUGGUGGUCUCUAUAUCUGCGCAGACCUGACUUUCACCUCGUCGCCGACAGUGCAGAUGGUGCCCAGCUCAUGCACAAACGGCACGGGCGUGACUGCUUUCCCACUCUCCUCCAAUGUCAACGCCAACCAGACCAACGGAGAUGGAUCGCCACAGUCGGGCUCCGGGUCAAGUUCGGGCUCAGGCUCGUCUUCAUCCAGCUCGGCCAGCGGCUCUGCGACCGCUACCGCAUCCGGUGCAACGACUUCUCAGUCAAACAAUGCUGCUCUGUUCACUGCAGGCUGGAUUGUGCUUGGAGCCGCUGUUUUGGGAGCGGCGGCUUUAAUGUAA